ACGAGAGGCAGCAGCUCACAGGUCAGCUUCCCAAAAUAAAAGUCGUCUCUCGCAAACAUCCAAAUAGGUUGCAGUGGACUGCCUGCCUGAAAGGCUCAUUGAAAACCUGCGCCAUCAUGGCGUCAGCUGGCGUUCCUCACACGGCCACACUGGAUGAUUACUCUGUGUACGGCAACCUGAGUGAUGACGAGCUGCUGCAGCUCGCCGUCGAGCGUAGUCUGGCCGACGCACACGCUAGCUCCACCCUCAACACGAUUCUGCAGCUUCCUGACUCGAAGGUCAACACGAAUGACUGCUGCCAAAUUUCACCUGUGCAGAAAACCGCUGCCCACUACAGUUCGCCAAACCCUCCCAGCGAAAAGCCUCCCGAUUUGAGGGGCGGUGUGUUCUGGAGUGGCUUGCCUAAAAAACAAGGGAACACGGUCCAAUGCCGUCAAAUGGACCUGGUCCAACAUCUCGUAGAAAGUCUUCCCAGAAGAGUGGAAGCUGUUCCGGCUGCAAAGAAGAACUUUGACGGCACUGUCAGUUGUUUCAUGACUGGUUAUGGGCAGAAGAUGUUGGCUUAUCGAAGCUCUGACGGCACUUUGGUCCACGUGGCUCCAGAACUUCAGGAGGAGGAGGAGCCUUUAUUUGCAGCCAUCCGGGUCGGUGAUGUGGACCGAGUGAAAGCUCUAAUUAGAGGUUCUGGAAACAACUUGAUGCUGCCUAGUAAACCAGGCUGGUUGGCCAUUCAUCAGGCUGUUUGGUACGAUCAGGAGGCGUGUCUGAGAAUACUCUUAUCAGUUCAGCCAGGGAUGGUCAACAAACGCACAGAACGCGCUGAGACGGCUCUGCUGUUGGCCGUCAACAGGGAGCGUCUACAAUGUGCUGAAAUUCUGAUGGAGAACGGCGCUAAUCCUGAUUUAGCUAAUCAGGAACGCGAGACUCCGCUGUAUAAAGCCUGCGAGAUAAACAACCCUUCGCUGGUGGCGCUCUUGCUCAAUCACGGUGCAGCGGUCAACACUCAGUGCUUUCAUGGCUGCACAGCGCUGCAGGAGGCCGCGUUAAACAACAAUGUGGAGAUCUGUGAGAUGCUUCUAAAGGCUGGAGCCAAACACCACCUGAGGAAUGUCUUCGGGAUCACACCUUUGUUCUCGGCUGCUCAGUGUGGACAAGAGGACUCGCUGCGCUUUUUGGUCAAGCACGGUGCAGACAUUAACUCUGAAGCUGCCGAUGGAGGGACGGCUCUCUAUGAAGCUUCCAAAAACUUACACGUGGACACCGUGAAGUUCCUUCUUUCCCAGAAGGCAGAUGCUAACAAAUCAGGAAAAACGAGUCUUUUGCCGCUUCACAUCGCCGCUCAAAGAGGAAGUGACGUCGUGGUGUCCCUGUUGAUCCCAGCAACCAGCAAGGCGAGAGUCCGCCGCUGCGGCAUCAGUCCACUUCAUGUCGCAGCCGAACGAAAUCGUGACGACGUCCUGGAGAUUUUGAUCGCAGCCGGUUUUGAUGUCAAUGCCCAGCUGUCCGAGGAGCGUUCUAAACUGUACGAAGACCGGCGCAGCACGGCGCUCUACUUUGCUGUCAUCAACAACAACAUUGACAAUGUGCGCUUGCUGCUGCAGUCCGGUGCUGAUCCAAACCUGGACGUGUUCCGGCCGCUCAUGGUGGCUGCGAGGCAAGGCUGCAUUGAGAUUGUCACGCUGCUGGUGGAACACGGCGCUGACAUCAACGCCUGCAUACCCACACACCCCACCACCUUCCCUGCCAUUUAUAUGUUCUCCAUGAAGUACCUGCCCUUGUUCAAAUAUCUGCUGGACAACGGAGGCCAGGCCCUCUCCUGUUUCCACUGUUUGUACGGAACCGGACCACACCCAUCGCUCCAAACCAGCAGGCCCCACAGAGGUCACCUGGGCUACCCUGAAAGAGACUACUAUGUCGGGAGAAGUGUUCAGUUCUGCGAAAUCAUCUCCGCCCCUACUAUCAGUCGGUGGGCGGGGCCAAUCAUUGACAUCCUUUUGGACUACGUUGGUAAUGUGACCCUAUGCUCUCGUCUGUUGGAACACCUGGACAGUUUUGAAGACUGGGCGGUCAUCAAAGAGAAAGCAGCUGUGCCACGGCCGCUGCAGCAGCUGUGUCGUGUGCUCAUCGUCAAGAUGGUGGGAACACGGCGGCUGAAGAGGUUACCACUUCCUGGAGGUCUGAUUCGGUUUUUGCAACACCAGGAAAGUUAUGUGGACGUUUAAACUCCUCUUCUUUCUGUCAUAAUCUCAGUUUUUCCUUUUAAAUUUCAUUGAAAUAAACACUAAGAUGUUUUUCACCAAA